AUGGCAGACAAAGACGCCGGUAAGCCAGUCAUGACACCACCACAAGGUGCCAAUCAGUUGAUCCCACUUGAGGAGAGAGUGAUUAACGAAGAGUACAAGAUAUGGAAGAAGAAUACGCCGUUUCUGUACGAUCUGGUGAUGACUCACGCGCUCGAGUGGCCGUCACUGACCGCCCAAUGGCUGCCGGAUGUGGUCCGACCCGAAGGCAAAGACUAUUCCAUACAUCGCCUCAUUUUGGGCACUCAUACCAGUGAUGAACAAAACCAUCUGUUGAUCGCUUCCGUUCAGUUGCCCAACGAAGACGCCAUGUUUGACGCCUCCCAUUACGACUCCGAGAAGGGAGAGUUCGGCGGCUUUGGAUCCGUUUCCGGUAAGAUAGAGAUCGAGAUAAAGAUCAAUCACGAGGGUGAGGUGAAUAGGGCCCGGUUUAUGCCCCAAAACCCGUGUAUUAUCGCCACCAAAACGCCGUCGAGUGAUGUCUUGAUCUUUGACUACACGAAACACCCGUCAAAGCCGGACCCGAACGGCGAGUGUGCGCCAGACCUGCGGCUCAGGGGUCACCAGAAGGAGGGCUACGGUCUCUCAUGGAAUCCCAAUCUGAACGGACAUCUGCUGAGCGCGUCGGACGACCACACGAUCUGCUUGUGGGACAUCAACGCCCCGGUGCGCGACAAGAACAUAGAGGAGGGCUACGGUCUCUCAUGGAAUCCCAAUCUGAACGGACAUCUGCUGAGCGCGUCGGACGACCACACGAUCUGCUUGUGGGACAUCAACGCCCCGGUGCGCGACAAGAACAUAGUGGACGCCAAGACUAUAUUCACGGGACACACGGCAGUGGUGGAGGACGUGGCCUGGCAUCUGCUCCACGAGAGUCUCUUUGGAUCCGUUGCCGACGACCAGAAGCUGAUGAUAUGGGACACCCGGUCGGCCAACACCAACAAACCGUCGCAUAUAGUGGACGCACACACGGCUGAAGUGAAUUGUCUGUCGUUUAACCCCUACUCUGAGUUCAUUUUGGCGACGGGUUCGGCCGACAAGACGGUGGCGCUCUGGGAUCUCCGCAAUCUUAAGCUUAAAUUGCAUUCGUUUGAGUCACACAAGGAUGAGAUCUUUCAGGUCCAGUGGUCGCCACACAAUGAGACUAUACUGGCCUCCAGUGGCACCGAUAGGCGCCUCCAUGUGUGGGAUCUGUCGAAGAUUGGAGAGGAACAGUCCGCUGAGGACGCGGAGGACGGACCGCCCGAACUGCUGUUCAUUCACGGCGGACACACCGCUAAGAUUUCCGACUUCUCCUGGAAUCCCAACGAG